AGUUAAUGCCUCUUCAAUGUUGCCGCUGAAGUAUGGAAUGUCCCAACGAUACUCCACUAUUCGAUUUGCGGCAGAAUUCCACACGAGAUUUCCUCGAAGCACUGGAAAAUUUCCGAAGUGUCUAUGGCCCAAUCCACGGAUUCGUUUGUGUCGGCCUAUGUGUGUUCGGGAUCCUGACCAACAUGGUACACGUUGUUGUACUGUCUCGUCCAACGAUGAGAAAAUCGGCCGUCAACUGCGUUCUGACCGCAGUCGCCAUCUGUGAUAUCGGAACUAUGGCCUCGUACCUGAUCUACAUUGUUCACUUCGUUGUGCAGAAAGGACAUACUUGUAGUCCAACUUACACCCACGGAUGGAUGUUAUUCUUGCUAUGGCAUGUGGCUCUUAGCAUCACCUUGCAUACGACUUCUUUAUGGCUGGCAGUAGCGAUGGCAUUUAUUCGAAGAAUGACCCUCAGGGUUGCAAGGCUAAACAGCACUUGGCAACGGCCACAAUUUGCUUGGAAAUUGUGUGUUUUGAUCUACAUAUGUGUGUUCAUAAUGUGCAUUCCAAGUAUUUUUGUACAUGAGAUUUCCUUAUACCCUGGCGGUGUAUGGCAACCGAACAGCCAAUGCUCCUCGCGCUAUCCAGCAAACUACACUCAGCCAAUGUACACUUUCUCAGUCAGCAAAGAAGCCACUGCCAAUAAUUGUAGGCUUUUCAAGAUGAAUAUUUGGGUGAUCGGCAUUGUUUUUAAGGUUAUACCUUGCAUAUUGCUCAUGAUUCUCAGUUUUGGCUUAGUUGAUAAAAUUCGGCAGGCGGAACGCCACCGCAGAAAGCUCACAAAUGUCAGUCUCAACAAUCCCAAUUCCAUUGAUGGCACAUCUCACCCAAAAAAGAAAUCAUAUAGAUCGGAUAGAACAACGACGGUGUUAGUGGUAAUCCUCAUAGUAUUUUUAAUCACAGAGUUGCCUCAAGGAGUAAUCUCAAUAUUAUGUGCCGUUUAUACUGCUGAUGUACACAAAUAUUUGUACUUUAAUCUGGGCGAUAUUCUGGAUUUGCUUUCAUUGAUGAAUUCAUCUGUCAAUUUUGUUCUUUACUGCAUUAUGUCAUCUCGCUAUCGGCAAACGUUUUGGAUGGUAGUUCUUCCUUCGAGCGCGCAAUCGCUUUGUAUCACCAAACCAUCAGGUGUACCUACACAAAGCAAUUUCAACUUCACACAGAUUCAGUUGCAAAGGAGAAACAGUAAUAAAAAACCACUCUAUUCUCCUACUGCAAGUGGUUUUCUGUUCAGAAACAAAGAAUACGCACCACUUGCAACUGAAGCUGAGGAACAACGGAACGAAUGCAUUAGCGAUGGCUCAAAAGACAGUCAAGAACGGGUGGAACAACUCUGAUACGUGUAUGAAUAUUGUACAGAAGUCAAGCAUUAUAUUAGGAAAAUACUUCAUUUUGUCUUCUCCUUCAUCUUGUCAGCAAAAACGGUUGAGUACAUUUCUUCUACCAUUCUACUUGCCGCUUUCCUUGAAAACACAUUAACCGAUAAAUUUUUACAUGUCAAACUAACGCAUUCAGUAGUAGAAAUACUGUCCUUUAUAUAGCUCCGAUAAUUUCCCGUGGCUUUAGCCAGUCACCUGGUUAUAGCGGUAUUGGCUCUUGAUGUGUUUUUCAUUCGUGGAAAACUUGUGAAGUCUCCUUGAUCUCAACUUUGUUAUCUC